GCAUUUUAAUUUCCUACGAAGUAUCCAGUGCUGCCCCUACAACAUGUGAGACGCAUAUUUUCCAAUGCUCUCAAAAUUCCACUCGGCCACUUUCAGAGCAAUAUCUUCGAUUAAAAGAUAUAUAACGCACAUUUACAACGAUAAAACUCCGCAGAAGGCCAAAAUUUAGACGCUACUUCAAAUCUCACCCGCGCCCGUCCACAGCGCCAAUCGGUAUGUUUGGCCUAUUGGGUUCCUCGCAAAUCUAUGGACUACAGCAAGUACACGAGUAUAGCAACAACAGCGACGCCAGUGUAAACAACAAAAGUGCAUCAGCACACAUAAGCAACACUAACAACGACUGCACAAAUAUCACCAGUCAAAAGCAACGCCGUUCCACCUCAGGUCACUCAGAGAGUGGCGGCAAAUUCUUCGCUUCACUUAGUUCCAUGCAAGGCAUUAAAUCGCCAACGAAUUUCAUUGAAAAAUUCAUUAAAAACGAAUUACUCAGCGGCUACGAAACUAUUAAAAAUUAUAAAAACUUUCAAAAUUCCACAAACACAAGCGGCUCGAACAGUACCUUUUUCACCAGCACCGCAUCCAUACACGAACGUUCAACGCCUGGUGGUUGUGGCGGUGGUGGCAGCGGCGACAGCAACAGUUCCGAAGGUCUGCUGACAAGUUUCAAUUGCCUACAGGGCAGCUAUCGUAGCAAUUGUGAUGGUGAAUUCUAUGAGCCGGUGAAUGUAAGUUCACAGCGCAAGCAAGCAGUAACAACCACAACAACAAGCACAUCUGUAACGCUUGCGGCGACACGCAACACGGAAGCGGAUAUGACGAUCAAGUACUCGAAGAACUUGCUCGCCAACACCCCAGACGAACAGUCACCCGCCACGCUGCAAAACUAUCAAAAGCUGUCGGAAUGCGAACAAGAUUUGCUGCUAACACCGUCGAGUGGCGCAAGUUCGGGAGAAUUCAAUAGCGAUGUGAAUGUAGGUAGCGGCAGUCACGUGACAACGCCGGUGAACAGUUUAUACAAGCGACUGUCGUUUGGCGGUCGUGGCUCCAAGAAUGCGACGGACAAUGCAGCUACGUCUGCGGCGACAACGGCGGCGACAAAUGAAGUUGCUUCCGACUACUCGUCGUCGACCAACUCAUCCGCAUCGUCAACCCUCUCAUCGAAAGCCACCUCCAUAUCUCUCAAAUCCAUUGACCUGCAGCGCACUUCGUCCGCCUCCUCGUCUGGUGAUUGCGCACUAAUGUGCGAACGCAGAAAAUGUUCACCAAUCGCCAUUCCGGCGGAUUCUACAGCCGAUGCUGCCCAUUCCAAUGGUGCACUUCCACUAACUCCAGAGCGUGCGCAACGACGCAAACUCGUUUCAAUGAUCUCACAGUAUGAACAGCAAAAUAAACUGCUACAGCGCGAACUGGCCAAAGAGAAACGACGUCGUGGCGAAGAGCUCGCCUGCGUGGCCAAAUCGUUACUUUGUUUUGAGUCCAAGCUGAAAAAGGAUAUGAAGUCUGUGAAUCAGCGUCUGUUGGAGAAGGACGCAGAAAUAUGUCGUUUAGUGCAACAGAAUCGUGCUUUACGUAAGCGGCUAACGAAAAUCACCGAGACAGAAGGUGAGAACGCGCGUGACGAAGGAGUGGUUGAAGAUGGUGAGCCCGAAACUGAGGGAGAAUGUGAGGGAGGAGAAGUGCGAAGCGGAAAAGCAAAGGAAACAACGCUGGAGCGUGGAACUGCGCCGUUAGCGGCGUACAGCGAUCAACAAUUGCUGGAAGACUGUUUGGUGCUCGAAGCUUUGCAAUGCAUUAAUUGUAAGAAGCAAUUUUAUGACAUUGAUAUAAAUGAGAGCUGGACACAGAAUACGCCGAAGGAUGGUACGAGAAAAAAUGUUGACCACACCACUGAGCACGGCUCAUCGAGUGAUGAUACAGUCUCAUCGUCGUUUUACGGAGCCCGGCGCAGUGUACGCUAUACCAGCAAACGCACCUCCGGCACUUUUCGCGAUUAUAUGCGCUCACGUGCGAUGAACAUCGACGAUCCCGCAUUGGACAACAACUCGGAGGAGAACACAAGCACAAUCAGCCGCGACGACUCGCAAGCCAGCUACGAAAAACUGAAUAUCUACUCACGCACCAUCGAGCGUAUGCAUGGCGUGAAGGGUGAGAGUGAACGCGAGUCAGAGCAAAGUGGAGUGGAAGGCACAAUGCGGCCAGCCUCGCGACUGAGCUGCAAAAGUAGUGGUAGCAGUAAGAGUAGCAGCAUGAGCAGUUGCAGCAAAAAUAGUGCGAAAGCGCCUACGCCACAGAUCGAAGAGGAUGAUGGCAUAUUUUCACCCACACAAGAUGACGAUUUCGAAGAGCCAGAGGAGGAGGGUGGGCGCAGCAUUAAGAUUGUAGUGCGACGCUCUACCGAUUUUUCCGAAGCUUCGCCCAAGCAAGUGUACGAGACAUCCACCGACGAUUGGUAUGCCAGCGCCUCCGAUCAGGAGGAAAUCGCGCCAACAACGGUCACAACCAAAUCAUACUCCACCCACGGCGCUGUUAAUCCGGUGCUUGAAUGCGUCAGCCAGAUACUGCUGCAGCAGUCCAUGGAAGAGCCGGUGACGGAGCACGCAAACCAGGCGUCAUCCGCUAUUAGCAAAACAUCUCACAACCUGCAGGUGAGCUAUAGCAAUGCCACAUCCACUGCGAACUUGCCACGCCGUAGUUCGCUGAGUGGACGCCGCAGUUCACGCAGCAAUAGUCGCUCUAGCGAUGGGCAACCAUCACACAAUGGUACAUUAACACGCAAGCGCGUACACUUCUCAACCAAGAACAGCAUGGUGCAUGUGCCACGCAACGAUGAAACCGACGAAGAGGAGGAAGGUGCUGACGACGAUACAGAACACGAUUCGCAAGAUACGAGCGAUUCAAUGAUCUCAAGCCUAACGCAAUAUCAUCCCAUGUGUUUUUAUCUACAAGCCACGCAACAUACGGUGGCAGCAAAAGUUGAAGCCGGUGUGGCAACGGCUGCAAUUGCGCGUGGUGGCAUGCUUAUGGAAGUCGCCGAACAUGAACGCCUUGAAACGCUUAACUACGAGAGUAUUUACAGCAAUGAAUACGAACCGAUAGGCUCUGAGCAUAAUUCUUCAAACCUUUAUGUCGACAUGGAAUCCAGCACCAAGCCAUCAGCGUCUAAUGUCACAAACGCCAUUGCGAUCGCAGAUGGAAAAGUACCAAAAAUACCACCCGCCUUGCCACCCAAGCCGGCAAAUCUGUUAAAGUUUAAGAAAUGCUUGCAGCAGCUCGAUGAACUGCCAGAUGAACAUCUACACCAGGAUGGCCAUGCAGCAGUAGAACCGGACUACUGCUCCAUUUCAGAGGUGAAUGUUGGCAUAAGAAGUGUGCAGAUCGUAGCCGAUGUGCAUAAGGCGCCCGAAUCGGAAGUUGAUUUAGAGUCAAAUUCUGCACUUGAGGUACCCAUCUCUGAACUGGACAUAGAAGUAUCAACUGUGAAUUCUGAUGAGACCUUCGCCGUCUCGCAAAAGACUGAUGAAAUCGAAGAAAUUUUCGCUGACGUACCAAAAUUGCCCAAUGUCGCCGCGAUUAUAGCGCCAAAACAGGCAAAGUUCCCACAACAACAGCAGCAGCAGCAACCGCUGAAGCGUUCCUUGCCACCGAGCGAUUACCUAGUAAUGUCACCCAAAGUAGAGACACCCAAUAUGAAGCUGCAAAAUGCCCGUAAUGCGACCAUACUCAACACCGCCUCAGCGACAAAGCAACAGACGGCUGGCUUAAGCUCCACCAACAAUAAUAAUGGCACAUCGAAAGCACUUAGCAAACCAACUGUAGACUACCUGAAUACGCCUCUAAAAUCACCGAAUCGUCCGGAUACCAGUGCACUCAAGCUGCAGCUACACACUCCCAGUCCACUGCAAUACAAACGCAAGCAUAUGCCGAAUAUACUCGCCGAAAUCAAUAAACGCAUUAGUUUACCGAAUUCACCAACCACGCCCACUGCACGAUUGACAUUCACAACGCCCACAAAACCAGCUGUCGCCACCAAAACGACAUUGCAUCAGAAACUGGAGGUAAGCACUCCCUCAAAUAUGCCAUUGCAGGCUGAAUUCGAUUGGUACAAUUUGGAUGCCGAGUAUGGCAAGACACCGUCACAGCAACCCGAUUUGCUUAAAUUGAAUGAUGCACUCAAUAACGGUACUAUGCUCGCGGGCAUACGCGAAGAUGGGGAGAGCAUCGCGACAGCAGCGGACGAAUACAAUUUGGAUGAGGAAUUCUCACUUGCCGGUGAUAAAGUUGAUGUACUAACCGGUGGUAGUGAGCAUGACAACGAGAGCGCUGAGGAGAAAAGUGAGAUAAGCGUAGUGGCUAACACGAAAAUGCUGCCAACGAUGGUGAAGCUCUCGGCGCCGUGCACUGAGAGCACUAAAAUUAAAAAAGUGGCCGCCAUAAAUGCGGUCACCUGUGAAGCAGGCACUUUUCCCAUGUUUAAUGAAAGUUCACCGCUGGUAACGCCUUUGCCAGCAGUUACUCAACACCAUGCAAAAGCGAAGAAGAUUAAGAAGAAUUUAGCAAACUUCGAGAAAUUCAUCGAGGGAUCAGGUUUGAGCACGAAACCAUUACCGAGCAAAAGAAAAAUCUAUUUUGCCGGCCCUUUUGUGUGAUAUCUACAAGUGCUGGGGUGAAAACGGAUGGGAGAGAACUUGGGAUGCAUACAGAGGAUUUGGUAUAAAAGGAACUAAGAAUGCGGAAAGUAAUCAAUGGAAGACUUGAAAAGAGAGAGCGAAACGGAGCUAAUUUCGAAUCAGAAUGUAUAAGCAAAUAUUUUACGAGUCGAUGCAAGCUUAAGUGAUUAACAAAGUAUACAGAGAUGAAGCAGCUUAAAAAUAUAUCAUGGCAAACAUAAUUUUUGUUAGAGUUAUUUUUUGUGAUUUGACUAAACAUUUAAUUUAAGUUAA